CGCAGAGAGCACGAGCAGCGCGCUCGUGAGGGUUUCUGUGACUGAUACGUGCACUUAGCCAGCUUAAGCUAACUUUACACAUAAGAAACUUUACGGACUCCAUGAAGUUUAUUUCUCUUCGGACACACUUUACACUACAGGUCUGAUGCUCUGCCGCAGCCAUGUUCAGCAAGAAGAAAAAGCAACGCAUCCAGAUCUCGGGUCCCUCUAACUUUGAGCAUCGUGUCCACACUGAUUUUGAUGAGCAAGAGCAGAAGUUUGUGGGUCUUCCACGGCAAUGGCAGAGCCUCAUUGAGGACACGGCCAAGAGGCCCAAACCCUUCAUUGAUGCCUCGGUCAUCACUACUGUAGAGCCACGCAAGGCAAUCGUACGGGGUCGUAAGAUUGGUGACGAUGGCUCGCUCACUUGGCUACUGGAUGAGUUUGAGACCAUGUCGGUGAUUCGCUCUAACUCCCUACGGCGAGACAGCCCACCACCACAGCCUCGCAGAGAUUCUGGAUCAUCAGGAGGGGGUCAGGAGAUCGGAGAUUACUUCCACCAGCAAUACAGACACCCUGAACGCUAUGGAGACAGCAAAGAAAGGGAGAAACCACGUCAGGAGCAUUCAGGUGCCGAUCACAGACAGGCCCAGCGCCCACCCCGCUCAUCCAGAGAGGAUAGCCGACUUCACCAGCAGCCUCGUGGUCAGGAACCCAGCAGAUACAAAGAACCUGAUUGGUCAGGAGGGUCAGAACCUCCCCAGUUCCGAGACCGAGAAAGAGAACCACGUGAAUAUCAUGAUCAGGUGGUAAGGAGAGAGGGGGCAAAUGAUAAGAGGCCCAAAUCCAGCUACACUGGGCAGGACAGUAGCCCACAGUCGCCCCGUGAGAAGAGACCACUCUCUGGGCCAAAUAUUCGCACCCCCAACCUACCUGUUACAGAGGGAGUUGUAAAAACUACCCAGCAGACUGGCCGACCUUUCAACACUUACCCACGCUCCGAAAGCGACUCUGGAAGAAACCCCAGUGGUCAGGACUUAAAACCAGGCAAAUCUGAGAUUCCCCACCACAACGGCCCCUCCACUGGGCCAAUCCGGGGUGGCAGCAGUGGAGGUAAAAGUGUCUCUCAGGGGCAGCACAGAGCAGAGCCCCAGCAUCACACCUCCCACCCAGCCUUAGGGCCCGAACCCCCUCACGGCCAACUGAUGCCCCCUGCACCAAAACCAUCAGGCCCUGUUGCACCACCCCAGCAGACACGCUCACCUCAGAGGGAGCCACAGCGGGUUUCCCACGAGCAGUUUCGUGCUGCGCUUCAGAUGGUAGUUGACCCUGGGGAUCCACGCACUUAUCUGGACCACUAUAUCAAGAUCGGUGAAGGUUCAACUGGUAUUGUGUGUAUCGGCACUGUUAAGACCACAGGCAAGCUGGUGGCUGUGAAGAAGAUGGACCUGCGAAAACAGCAGCGACGAGAAUUGCUUUUUAACGAGGUGGUAAUCAUGCGGGACUAUCACCAUGAAAACGUGGUGGAGAUGUACAACAGUUACUUGGUUGAAGAUGAACUCUGGGUUGUCAUGGAGUUCCUUGAGGGCGGAGCUUUGACUGACAUUGUUACGCAUACCAGGAUGAAUGAGGAGCAAAUCGCCACAGUGUGUCUGUCUGUUCUGAAGGCGCUCUCUGUUCUUCACUCCCAGGGGGUCAUUCACAGAGACAUUAAAAGUGAUUCUAUUCUUCUCACACACGAUGGCAGGGUGAAGCUGUCAGACUUUGGAUUUUGUGCCCAGGUCUCAAAAGAAGUGCAACGUAGGAAGUCCCUUGUAGGGACGCCCUAUUGGAUGGCCCCUGAGCUCAUCUCAAGACUUCCAUAUGGACAAGAGGUGGAUAUUUGGUCACUUGGAAUUAUGGUGAUCGAAAUGGUGGAUGGAGAGCCACCAUACUUUAAUGAGCCUCCACUCAAGGCAAUGAAGAUGAUUCGAGACAAUCUGCCACCCAAGCUCAAAAACCUCCACAAGGUCUCACCAAUUCUAAAGGGAUUUUUAGACAGGAUGCUUGUACGAGAUCUUUCCCAGAGGGCUACAGCUCAAGAGCUGCUAAAGCAUCCCUUCCUGAGUAAAGCAGGUCCUCCCUCUUGCAUUGUUCCUCUCAUGAGGCAGAACCGCAUGAGAUGAGAGAAGCAAUCAGGGCGGAAUCUGUCAGGCCCUCUACUGAGCUCAAUGCAAAGACGCAAAAGCAAAAAUGGAGUCUGAAGAGAGCAUGUUUUUAACAUUUUAAAUGGUUGUACAGGUCAAGCAUUUAAGGAUAAAAGGCCACAGUUGCUUUGGACUCUACACAUUGAGAGGGCUUUUUGAAACAAAACCUUUUACCACUGUUUUUAUAAACCCAUAGAUUACACUGUAUUUUGCAACAUGAAAUAGUCACAGUGUUCUGGCUUACGAAAAAUCACAUCGCAGUGGUUUUAAGCUUGACCUUUUAACGAUGCGUUUUGGGUAAACUGAGUAUGUUAAAGAGGUUAAGACGUUAUGAAAUGAACCACUUUGAUUCUAAUCUGCCCUCAAUAUAAAGCAACACAUUGUCAGUGAUUGGACUUCAUCUUUUGCACCUGGAUCACACUACUCAUUAAUCAGUUUUUAAACAGGAAAACAACUACUGAAGAUGAACUUUUUUUUUUUUUUUAAAAGGAAAAAGAAAAUAAACUAGGUUCCUGUUACAACACUAAGCAAAGAUAAACACUGGAGGUGUCUUGUUUCAGACAGUUUUUAAUUUUUGUUUUAAUGAACGUAGAGAAAGAGAGCGAGCGAUAUCAGAUUUGUUUUCAUGUUACGUUGGAAUGAUUUAUUUUGAGUGCUUUUACGCAUUGUUCUGAGAUGGAAGCUGCACUCCAAUAUGAUUACCACACAGAAACUUCCUAUAAUUCAUUGUUCCGGAUUUUUUAAUUGAUCCGAAACUUUCACUACGGCUCCACGCCACAUUACCAGAAGCGAUGUAGUUGUUUUCAAUGUAGGGCAGUCUGUGGGAGAAUGUCCUCUCAUGUGCUCCCAAAUCCUUUAGCUAAGUAGCUCGUAUCUUUGAAAUAUCAUGGCCUUUUCUGAAGGAUUCAUUUGUGUUAUGUUUUGUAGGAGAGACAAGGUUGGACUAUACAAAUGUAUAGCUGAGCAUUAUGUAUGCUCUAGUUUAUGAGAGCAUUUUGGCAAUAGAAAGUGGACUCUAUAGAUCUUGCUUGAUCCCACCAUGCCCCUCCUAGAGCUUCCACAAAGCACACAAACUCGUGUAUAGGCACACAUGUGUUUGUGCACAAACACUAAUACUAUUGGUGAUGCACACUAUGGCUUUCCAUUACUAGAGCCCUAUCAUAUUCAAGGAUUUAAGAAAUGAGUAGUAGCUUGCACCUAGAGAGCAACCAAAGAGAGUAUGAACUUUGAAAGCAGAGAGUAGGUUUAUAAUGACCCACACAUUUAGUGUCUUGUGUAUCUUAUGUUUUGUUUGGUCACCAAAUUUGAAGCGAGUACUGACAAAAAUAUUAACUUUAAUCAAAAGGCUGUUAAAAAAAAUUACUCCCAUUGGCAUUCGUUGUAGUGACGCCGCAUGAAUACAGACUAAAUCAUUAAUUUGAUUCAAGUGACUGCACAGUUCUUUGAAGAUUUAGUUCACGUGUACAUUGGGUAAUUUACUGACCGUUUGAAGAUGUAGCGAUCGGUCAAUUAAUCCUAGACUGUAGCAGUAGUUUAUGUAUCUAUUUUGAGUUAUUCUAAAAAUCAAUUUCUUCUGCAGAAGGUUUAAACUGUAACACAGCAAUCAUAACUCUAAUUGUAGAUGUGAAGGUAUGAACAAAUUAAUGACAGAUGUGAUUAAUAUUAAAAAAAACACUGCUAGUUAUUUGUUUGUUUCCACCAGUAAAAAACUUUUUUGUAAGCACCAUUGCUCUUCAUACAGGAGUGUUACUUUUUCAGGAGGUAAAAAAAAAAAAACAUGACAAUCAGGCAUUGGAACAGAGUUGGUUAUACACUAAUAACAUUUAAAUGUCUAUUUAAAGAUGAAUAAUUGAAAUGUACUCUUCAAAGAGCUAAUAGUGUUCAUAGUCACAAUAAAGUAGACCUGUGAGAUAUUGUAGGUGUUGAUUGUGGUUAAGCAAGACCAGUGCACUGAAGCAAAGAAUGAGGUUGAAUCUAGAGAUCAUUAUUGGUAGCAUCUUACAAAAAAAAAAAACAGCCUUAAUGCAUGAAUAUCUUUUCAACAACAUUACUUACAGGAAUGGGCUGUUUGGGCAAUGCACAGUGUAUGCCAAGUGUUUGUGACCAGCCUCUCAUAUUUUUGGGUCAUAUCUUUUGAUACACUUGCUAUAUGUUAAAUGGUAGUUGACUUCACUUUAGAAAGAGGAUGUCUGCAUGUUACCAGAAACCUUAAUUGGAUGUGUGGUUGGAAAAUGCUGUACUGUAAACAAAACAACUUGGUUUGCAUGAUUUUGUUGUAUUGAAUAGAUUUCAGAACAUAUUUCCUUCUUUCACAAUUGAAGAUGUAUCAUUCCCAGUACAGAUGUGAGCUUUAUCUCUUGUGUGGCAAGAUAUAAUCUGCUUUUUUGUUUAAUGUUUCUGAUUGUUCUUCAUUUGGUGCUCGCAUGUAGUACUGAAUUAGAGUAAUGUUAGCAAAUGCGCUCUGGAAGGGUACAUGUGGCUUUCAUUUGUUUUUUCUACUUUAGCUCCAUUUCUUAUUGUCACUGCAUUGAACCUAAUGGAUCUCCCAUAUUCUGCUGUUGACUUCAUGCUGUUUUGAAGUCUUAUUUGUUUCGAAUUAAUCUUGCACUGUAAACAAACUUUGUCUGUAACCGUUAUUUACUCUGUCAGCAUGUGGAUAGUUUUAAAGAGACAUUGUUUUUGUAUUAAAGGUGAAAAAGAAGCACUGCUGGCAAUCUGACAUGGAUGCUGCGCUCUCAAAAACCUGACAAACAUCAUUUUGGACUAAUAUAUUAAAAAUAUCAUCAUCUUUUUGAAUAUACAACUGCUACUGACAGGCCAGCAUCUUUGUAAAACUGUUUUGCCCUUGUUUAGCUCUUUGCCUGUUCAUUAGUCAUUUUAACGGACAACCAAUUGUCAGUUAUCUCUACGAUAUGUGAAUUUUUACUGGUGGUAAAAUGGACUUUAAAAAGAUUUUUCAAAUACAGUUUUCA